AUGGUAGAAAUUUGGUUCAUGAGAAAUGCUGUUUUUUAUGAAGAGGAAAAGCCUGAUUAUGUUAAAAUUCAAAACAAGAUUAGGAAAAUGGCUCAUGACUGUGAAUAUAUAAUGCAAGGGAAAAUGUGGGGCUCAACUGCUGAAACUGAUAUUAUGCAUUACUUCUUAAUCCAACAUAGAAUGCUGAGAAGGGUUAGAAAUACAAUGAUAUAUUUCUCUCAUCCUGGUGUGGAUGAAGUUCUUCUUUGUUGUGAUGGUGCCUCAAGAGGCAACCCUGGUACAGCUGGUUAUGGGUUUGCUGUUAGAAAUCAUAAUGGAGAAUUCGUUUAUGCAGAAGCUGGAGGCUUGGGUAUGACUACUAAUUUUAUUGCAGAAUUUGUUUCCAGCAUCAGAGCCUUUAAAUGGGCCUUUGAGAACCAGCUUUUCAAAGUCAUUCUCCAAUCAGAUUCAAAAAGCUGCAUACAUUCUCUUGAGCAGCAGAAAAUUCCUUGGUUUCUCCUUACUAGGUGGCAGAGAAUCUAUAAAAGAUUUCAUUCUAUAAAUUACAGGCAUGUCUACAGGGAGAUUAACUUCGCAGCUGAUCAUUUUGCAAAGAAGGGAGCUCAGCUUGGUAAAGGGCAUAAACUUUGCUUUGAGGAAAGACCUAACAAUUUGGUUAGAAUGGAGGUCCCUGGCCAUCCUUGUUACAAAUUUGAUUAG